AAAACUGAUGAAUGAGUGAAAGCGGCCGAGCCUGCCCUGCAUCUCAUUACCACUUCACAAAUAAAAGCUUUUCACUUGGAGGGAGUCGCGGCACAAACGGAGACGUAAGGUGUGUAGUGUGGCCAUGCUGAGGUAGCAGCAGUGUGCAGGUCAGGAUGUCUGAUGAAGAGGAGGAGCGACUGAAUGGGAGUAAAGGGGAGAGAGAGAUCUGUUACAUCACUGAUGAAGACGAAGACAAUGAUGGCGAUGAUGAAGAUGAAGGUAUACCUGACCAGUCCCACAGUGCCCCCUUCAGCACUGAGAAUGAGGCUCAGGGAGGCGACUCAGCUGCGUGGCAGUGCACCCCUCCCCCAUCUACCUCACCUUCGGGAGAGACACCGGCCCACCCUCCUGCCUCCCAGCUGUCCAGACCCCAAUCCAGGCCGGUUAGCCAAAGCCCCUCCCCUCCCUCUGUCCUGACAGGAGCCAAAAAGAGGGGCUCCAAACCGACACACAUGAGACGUAACAUCAGGAAGUUGCUAAGGGAUCAUCAGUUGGAGGCAGUGACCAAAGCCGCCCAGCAGGAUGAGUUGGAGAGGAGGCGACGUUUGGAGCAUCAGAGACAACAGGAGUUCCCGGUACCACUGCUGCCUGAAUACACAACUGGUGAUGUGACAAAACAUGUGUCGGUAUCGUCGGCAUCAGCAGCAUCACAGCAAGAAGUGAAGUCAGUCAGACAGGAAGUGAUCUGCCUGGACUCCAGCAGCACUGGCAUCAGCGAGGAUGACAGCAAAACUAACAUACCCACCUCCAUUACCACAGAGCACACACGGAAAACAGAUGUCAUCGAACUGAGCUCAGGCGAGGACGACGCCGUCGUCCAGGUCAGUAACGAGUCCACCAGUGUGGAAGAGCGUGAACCCAGUGGCUCGCAUGCCAAUGACGCCCUUAAUCAGCCAGACACCCAUGGAAGGGUGCUGGUCAACUUGAACCAUCCAACCACAGAGAAUGAUGUUUUCCUGUCACCUCAGCUGGCACGAGCGGUCAAACCUCACCAGAUCGGUGGAAUCCGUUUCCUGUACGACAACCUGGUGGAGUCGGUGGAGAGGUUUAACAGUAGCACAGGAUUUGGCUGUAUCCUCGCUCACAGCAUGGGCCUGGGCAAAACGCUGCAGGUCAUCUCCUUCAUCGAUGUCCUGUUCAGACACACCCAGGCUCACACAGUGCUCGCCAUCGUACCUGUGAACACGUUGCAGAACUGGCUGUCCGAGUUUAACAUGUGGGUCCCACCCCCAGAAGCGUUACCUCCAGAUACCGAUCCAGGACUGGUGACACCUCGCACCUUUAAGGUUCACAUCCUCAACGACGAACACAAAAACACGACGACCAGAGCCACGGUGGUGGAGAACUGGGCACGGGACGGAGGGGUGCUGCUGAUGGGCUACGAGAUGUACCGCCUCCUGUCGCUAAAGAAGAGCUUUGUGGCUGGGAGGAAGAAGAAGAGCAAGAAAGCAGCGGGACCUGUUGUCAUCGACCUGGACGAGGAGGACAGACAGCAGGAACUGCUCAAAGGUAUUGAGAAAGCUUUGGCCCGGCCUGGCCCAGAUGUGGUGAUUUGUGACGAAGGCCAUCGUAUCAAGAACUGCCAUGCCAGCACAUCACAGGCUCUGAAGAACAUCCGAACCCGACGCCGUGUGGUCCUAACCGGCUAUCCGCUCCAGAAUAACCUGAUUGAGUACUGGUGCAUGGUCGACUUUGUCCGACCUGACUUCUUAGGUACUCGGCAGGAGUUCAGUAACAUGUUUGAGCGUCCCAUUCUGAACGGGCAGUGUGUGGACAGCACACCUCAGGAUGUCCAGCUGAUGAGGUACAGGAGCCACGUCCUGCACAGCCUCCUGGAGGGCUUCGUACAGAGACGUGGUCAUGAUGUCUUGAAGGACCAGCUGCCCUCUAAAGAAGAGCAUGUGAUCCUGGUGCGUCUGUCUCCCCUGCAACGGGCGCUCUACACAGAGUUCAUGAAUCGCUUCAGAGAGGCAGGAAACACCGGCUGGCUCAGCCUCAACCCUCUGAAGGCUUUCUGUGUCUGCUGCAAGAUCUGGAACCAUCCGGACGUACUGUACGAGGCCUUACAGAAGGAGAACUUGGCAAGUGACCAAGACUUGGAUCUUGAUGACAUCACUUCCACAGGUCCGGCUCGUUGUCCAACCGCACCUAACCAAAAGGCAAAGCCCCUGGAGAAUCAUAACCCCAUUGGUGGACUGAGCCUCAAUCAGCUGCAGGAGAAAGCCAAUCAGGUCGUCACUUAUGAAUGGGCAAAGGACAUCAUGUGUGACUAUAAGCCCGGCAUCUUGGAGAACUCUGCAAAAAUGGUGCUGCUGUUCCACCUGAUAGAGGAGAGCGUCAGAAAGGGAGACAAGCUCCUUGUCUUCAGUCAGAGUUUGUCCACACUGACAGUGAUCGAGGACUUUCUGGUUAAGAGACCAGUACCUCCGUCGCCCAACACGUCUGGCAGAGACAGACCUAACCAGAACUGGGUGCGGAACCUCAACUACUACAGACUGGAUGGAAGCACAACAGCCUCAGAGAGAGAGAGACUGAUAAACCAGUUUAACGAUCCGUCCAACACCUCAGCAUUGGUCUUCCUGCUGUCAACCAGGGCUGGUUGUCUGGGCGUAAACCUGAUUGGGGCGAACCGCGUGGUGGUGUUUGACGCCUCAUGGAACCCGUGCCAUGAUGCCCAGGCCGUGUGCCGCGUCUACCGCUAUGGUCAGAGGAAGCCGUGUCAUAUCUACCGGCUUGUGUGUGACUUCACUCUGGAGAAGAAGAUCUACGACCGACAGAUCUCCAAACAGGGCAUGUCAGACCGGGUGGUGGAUGAUCUGAACCCUGUGCUGACCUUCACCAGGAGGGAAGUGGAGUCUCUUCUUCACUUCGUGGAGGAAGAGCCAGACCUGUCCCAAGUCCAGCUGCUGCCCCAUGACAGCAUGGAGGGCGUCCUUAUGAAGGCCCUGCACUUCUAUCCUCACCUGAUUACUAAGCAACCAUUCCCCCACGAGUCUCUGCUGAUAGACCGCAGGGAGCUGAAGCUGAGCAGCGCUGAGAAGAAAGCAGCGAGGAAGGGAUAUGAAGAGGAGAAGAGGGCUUCUGUACCAUACACACGACCUUCUUACGCUCACUAUUAUCCUGCCAGCGACCAGAGUCUCACCAACAUCCCCGCUUUCAGUCAGAGAAACUGGUGUCCACCGCCACGUACCGAAGAGAAGCCCGUGGCCAGUGUCCGGCCAGUGCAGUCAACUCCAGUUCCUAUGAUGCCCCGACAGGCGCAGGCUGCAGGCUCUUCCCCAAGCGACGAUUCAUCAGGAUCCAACCUCGGGGGGUUCCCUGUCAACUGCCUGCAAAAAGCUGGGGUGUUUGUGCAAAGGAUCGUCACCACUACUGACAUAGUUAUUCCAGGAACUAACAGCUCAACAGAUGUCCAGGCCAGGAUCACUGCAGGAGAGAGCAUCCACGUCAUCAGGGGCACCAAAGGGACUUACAUCAGGACGUCUGAUGGCCGAAUCUUUGCCAUCAGAGCAGCUAAGGCCAAGACUGCAGAGGAGAGUACUACAGUGCCACCCAAAGAGUCCCAGGCCCCACCAAAGGAAGUGUCAACCAAUGGCAGUAACGGUUGCCUGUCACCUGACAGGAUGCAGCAGGUACCCUCCAAGACAGUGCCACGCCCUCUAUCACCUGACAGCCCAGAGAUCAUUAGCGAGUUGCAGCGUUACACAGGUGGCACAGGAGCCGGCGCCAAUGCAGGCUCCGGAGUUCAGCCGGAGAAGGCAGCAGAGAACAACUUGCCUUCCACCAAACCAGUUCAGACCAAUGGCAGCAGUGGGAGCAGUGGGAGCAGUUUUGCUAGUGGAAAUGUGAGCCACCAUGAUGCCUCUGUGACUAACGUAAUCCAACCUAACAUGGACGCCACUGCCGCUGCCCAGGACCUGAGAACAGGCUCCAAGCGCAAAACCUCCAGCCCGUCCAUAGAUGAGCUGCCCGUUAAGCAGCCCUCUGCAGGCAAACACUCCUCAGCUCCUCUGGCCUCACAAGGCUUCCCCUUCACCGGGGGCUACGGCCUUCCUCCUCUGGGCCUCAACCCCGUCAUGUUGAGUGGGUCACUGGGGCACCCACUCUUAUUGGGGGCAGGCUCGCCUUACUUCCAGCCCCCCCACACUCAACUUGGGGAUCCCAGUUACAUGUACCCAGAUCUGUAUGGCUUUGGCGGAGCCAGCCCGGUCCCUACCUCCUCCUCUUCUACAACAACCACUGCUACCGCCGUCUCAUCUUCAUCAUCAUCAUCAUCAUCAUCUUCUGCAUCAGUCAAGGGUACCAGUUCAGUUCCAGGAGCCCUGCCUCCCUUCAUGCUGAGCCCCAGCAUGGCAGGCAUGGCUGGAAUGCUCUCGCCGGGCUUCUCUCUCUCUUACAGUCAGUCUCUGGCUAGCCUUUACACAGGGUCGAUGCACCCAGGUGGCCUGCCAGGUACAGCUGCUACUCCUGGUCCAGCCGGAGCCAGCUUCCUCUCCCAGUACCCUCCCACUGCUGCCUCCAGUUCGUCCUCGUCGUCUCCUUCCUCCUUCUCUCCCUCAGCACGGUCUGAGGGCCACCGGGGCACAGUGCUGGUGAACGGCGGUAAUGUUAGCAGUGCCAGCAGCUCGGAUGACGACGAUGAUGUCAUUGAGGUGAGGGGACAGUGACAGUUAAAUAAUGGGAUGCUUGAUUCAAUAUAAAAUGAAAGAGAACUGAAGCACCGACGAUUGAGCCCCUGCUAAAAUGUUUCCUCUGUUCAUCUCUACUGCCUUGGAGAAACAGUCUGAGUGGAGAUUGAACACGGACUGGACAAAGAGCAACAAAUCUUUAUGCUGAAUAUAAGAAGAUAAAACCAGAAGAAGAAAAAAGUUUCAGAUGGAAAAAUCAAAGGAAAAUCAGAGGACUACUGGCAUUGAAAUACUAAUAAUCACUGGACUUAGUACUGCUGAGUGUGGGCCUACAAUGACCACAGAUGGCCACUAGUUGUACUGUUGACGUUAGAGAUUCUAGUUCUGCAGCUUUGCUUAAUGUCAUGGCUCUUUUGCUUUUUUCAGCUAAUUAAAAAGAUGACAGUAGGGUGGACUUGUUAUUAAAAAAAGGUUUGAUAAUUAAGUUAGCUGGUAGUAAUGUUCGUUAAAUAUCAGUAACUGAAAUUGUAUUGUUUGUCACUUGUCAAAUAUUGCUACUGAAUUCUUCUUAAAAGAACUCAAAUAGAACUUUUAGAGAGCAUUUUGAUUUAACUCAAUAAUUCACUGCCAGGACAGGGGGUAUUGUACAUUUUUGCUCUUAAGAAAAAAAUCAUCUUGGAAUUUAUUGAAAACGAGGCUUACUGAGGAUGUGGUUAAGACAAAUACUGAAACCUUAAAACUAAUGAAAGAAUGUAUGCUUAUUCAAAUGCCUUUAAAUCAGGCCUUUUUGAAAAGACUCUUAUUUAGGCAUCAGACGUGGGAAGAUCUGAUUUUUUUUUUUUUUUUUUUUUUUUUUUUUUUUUUUUUUUUUUU